UGUGUGUAGGCGUUAAAAGUCUUCAGUUUCUCUUCCUUUCUCCCUCACACACUACACACACUUGGAGCACGUUUACUACCUCUGUGCUCUCUUGCGCCAGAUUCUUGUAUGAAUAAAAACCAAAACUACAGCUUUUUUUUCUUCUUUUCUUUUUCGAUGAGAAAGUGGAUUCCCUUUUAUCAGAAACCAUGGAAUUCCACCUGAGAAUAUAUACAAAAGUGAAAAGAUAAAUUCAUUCUUCUUGGCUUAGUUUUGGGAAUUUUCUGUGCACGUCUCUUCCGAAGGAAUUUCUUUUCUUGGAUCCAAGUAGUUGAAUUUGAUUGAAUUGAUUUGUGGAACUUUUCUUCAAAAAAAAAAACAAAGUCUUGAUCGAGAUAAGGGAGAGAAAGUCCUGAUUAGAAAUUAGUGAAUUUUGGGUUUUGACUCCGAUUGAAGGGGUGGGGCCCGCGUUUCCCGGUGAUGAAGAAUCUCUGAGAAUCGGAAUUAUUGAUAAACUUUUCUUUUUUAAGAAAAAAAGAAAAAAAGUUGAUUUCAUAUGAUAAUAAUACUACAUGGAUUCGUACAUCUACAUCUACUUAUAUAUAUAUAUAAAUAUGUAUAGUUGAAUAAAAUGUUGUGUUUUCUUGUCCAAACGUCAAAGAGCAGUAAUCUCUGUUGUCUCUCUCUCCCUCUCUCUCCUAAUUUCUCUCUCCCUCUCCCAUUAAAUUCCUUUUUCUCUUGCUCUGUUUCCUUCCUCUCUCCCUCGGCUCUCUUUUCCUCUGUUUUUUUUCCUAGAGAAAUAGGAGAGAGAAUCAGAGCAAUCUCUCUCUCUCUCUCUCUCUCCGAUUUAAAACCAUGAUCUUUGACAAGGUUCCGAUGCAAACAAACCUUGAAUGCUUCUUGGAUUGCACAACUCCUGUGGUCCCAUCUCAAUUCUUGUCCAAGAGUGAGACGAGGAAGCUCAAUAGGCUAUGGCAUCCAUGGGAAAGAGAAAAAGUAGACUACUUCACUCUCGGUGAUCUCUGGAGCAGCUUCGACGAAUGGAGCGCCUGCGGCGCCGGCGUUCCGGUCAUCUCCGACGACGGCCAGAAUUUGAUCCAAUAUUUCGUGCCUUAUCUCUCUGCAAUCCAGAUUUUCACCAGCACUUCCUCUGCAAACUCUUUGAGGGAGGAGAGUGAUUCGGUUAGUGAGACGAGGGAUUCGUGUAGCGAUUCGUUGAGUGAUGAGAGCGAGAGCGAGAAGGUGUCGUCUAGGUGGGAUAGGUGCUCCUCCGAGGAAGGGAUGUCCGAGCACGACGGCUUCUGCCAUCCCAAUGGAAGAUUAGGCAACCUUUACUUUCAAUACUUUGAGAAAUCAUCUCCUUAUGGAAGAGUUCCUCUUGUAGACAAGAUCGGUAGCUUAGCUCAAAGAUACCCGGGGUUGAUGUCGUUGAGGAGUGUAGAUCUUUCGCCUGCUAGUUGGAUGGCGGUUGCCUGGUACCCGAUUUAUCACAUUCCUGCAGGAAGAACUGUCAAGGACUUGCAGGCAUGCUUCCUCACAUACCACACACUGUCUUCUUCUUUUCAAGAUAUGGAUCUUGAGGGGGAUGGCGAGCACGUGAAGAGGAGGAGAGAGAGAGGCGAGUGCCUCUCCCUCGCCCCGUUUGGUCUGGCCUCCUACAAGCUGCAGGGGGACGUGUGGGCCUCGGACAAGACGGGCCGGGACAGAGAGAGGCUGGUGUCGCUGGUGAGCGUGGCCGACUCUUGGCUGAAGCAGCUACGCGUCCAGCACCACGACUUCAACUACUUCAUGGGAGUCCGGCAUGGCUAGGGUUCCGGCUCCGAGCACAAGCCUGAAGAAGGACGAGUUGAGCUCGUUCUUGUGCUUUUCUUGGCUGCCCCGGUCCCGAGGGUUGCUGGGGACCGGAGUGGGUGAACUUGCGGCCAAAGGGCACCCGUGGCCCGCGACGGGGGCUCGUGGUGUGGGGAUCUUGUGUUAGAACAUGUGAAGAUUGUAAACAUUUUUCCAAGAAAGAUUGGAUCAAGAGAGGGAGAGAAGCCGUUUGAGGCUUAAUUUACUAGUUGAAAUGUGUGCAUUUCCUUGGAUGUAAUGUAACAUAAGUAGGAUUUGUACCUUUUUUCCUCUGCCAUAAAUUUUGUUGCUCUA